AUGCCAAGAAGAAAAAAUUGGAGGGUAGCAGAGGCUAAACGUGGAGUGAAACACCCACAGCAACAGAGACUGACAGACUUGACUGGGGAUACUGGCCCCAUAAACAGUACUAGAAUUGACCUUGACCUGGGUGAUACUGACACCCUCAACAACAGUUACUCAAAAAAUAUGGGGGAUGCUGACCUCCACACAAAUAUAAACAACAGUAACUCAGAUAACAUGGGGGAUACUGACCUCCACUCAAAUAUAAACAACAGUAACUUGAAACUACUUGAAAAAUCUGAAUUGAAUAAACUUGAAAUAUCUGAACCACAUAUACUUGAAAUAUCAGAAUUAAAUGAACUUGAAAUAUCUGAAUUAGAUAAACUUGAACUAUCUGAGUUGAAUCAAAACAGUAACAAUAACUAUGCAAAAGAAUUGAAUCAAAACAGUAACAAUAACUGUGCAAAAGAAUUGAAUCAAAACAGUAACAAUAACUGUGCAAAAGAAUUGAAUCAAAACAGUAACAAUAACUGUGCAAAAGAAACUUAUCAUAUACAAACAGAUUUUCUGUUAAAUGAAUUAAACAAUAGUUAUGCAAGAAAAGAUUAUCAUAGUAAUAUCCAAACUGAUCUGUUGCAAGACCAAAAUGAACAACCUAGAAAUAAUUCAGAAGAGGUGCUAUCAAAAUUUGUCAAUUCUUCUAAUGCAAACUUUAUUAAAUUUGGAACUUUUGACCAAAAGACUGAAGCGGAUAGAAAGAAGUCUCAGAGAGAAAAUUCAGAUAUAAGACAGAUAGUAAGACAAAGAGAACUUGUUGCUAAAAGAGAGGCUAGAAAGAAUGAAGAUUUCAAUAAAAGAGAACUUGCUGCUAAAAGAAUAGUAAGAAAGGAUACAAAUUAUAGAAGGGCUGAAGCUGAAAGUAAAAAGUCUCAAAGAAAUAAUUCUGAUUUAAGACAGAUAGAAAGACAAAGAGAACUUGUUGCUAAAAGAGAUGCUAGAAAGAAUAAAGAUUUCAAUCAAAGAGAACUUGCUGCUAAAAGAGAGGCUAGAAAGAAUGAAGAUUUCAAUCAAAGAGAACUUGUUGCUAAAAGAGAGGCUAGAAAGAAUGAAGAUUUCAAUAAAAGAGAACUUGCUGCUAAAAGAGAAGUAAGAAAGGAUACAAAUUAUAGAAGGGCUGAAGCUGAAAGUAAAAAGUCUCAUAGAGAUAAUUCUGAUUUAAGACAGAUAGAAAGACAAAGAGAACUUGUUGCUAAAAGAGAUGCUAGAAAGAAUGAAGAUUUCAAUCAAAGAGAACUUGCUGCUAAAAGAGAGGCUAGAAAGAAUGAUGUUUUCAAAAGAAAUGAAACAGAAAAGAAAAAAAUUGCCAGACAAGAUGAAGACUACAGAAAACAUGAGUCCGAACGGGACUCUCAUAGAAGACAAGGAUAUAGAUCACAUCCGGAAAAUUUAGAACAUGAUCGAUUGAAAAAACAGAGUUCUAGACAGAACAAAUUAGAUAUAGACAGAUGUUAUGAUAAGACAAUUAAAAUUAAUUCUAAAACUGUCAAAAUGACCACUCCUGCUAACAUGUCACAUGUCUUUACUAAUUUUAAAUCUGUACAAGACAUAGAAUGGAUAUGUCAUACUUGUCUCAAUGCAAUAAAAAAACAAAGAAUUCCUCGAUUUUCGAUAGCCAAUAAAAUGGGAUUUCCCCAAAGACCAAAAGAACUUAAUUUGUAUCCUUUAGAAGAGAGACUGUUAUCAUUAAGAAUUCCUUUUAUGCAGAUUCGACAGUUGCCAAGAGGUGGACAGUUAUCAGUUAAAGGCAAUGUUGUAAAUGUGCCUGUUGAAGUUCAACCUACAAUAAAUUCUCUUCCACAUACAAUAGAGAAAUCAGGUACAAUAUCAGUUAAACUGAAGAAGAAGCUGGAAUUCAAAAAGUGUGAUUUUAGUGAAAAUGUGAGACCUUUUGCUGUCAUUUGUGCAUUACAUUAUUUGAUGAGAACAAGUGACUUGUACAAGUCUUCUGGCAUAGAAAUAAAUGAGGAUUGGAUUACCGAAAUCGCUAAAAUAAAUGAAGAAACACAUGAAAAUGAAAACAAUAGUGCAGAACAAGAGAAUGACCAAGAUCAGAAUGAUUCAGAUAAUGACUCCGAUCAUUUCAGUGAAGUAGAUGAAAGUGAAACGCAUGUUGGAAACACAGAUACACUGUUAGAUCACAUUCCAGACGACAAUCCACUAUGUGAUGCAGGUUUAACUUUUGCUCCUGGUGAAGGUCAACGACCAAUUAGUCUCUACAGUGAUCCUGAUGCAGAGUACUUAUCUUUUCCAACUAUAUUCUGUGGUCAACGAAGGCCAGAUAACAAAGACAGGUCUGUCUCUGUUCACUUUACUGAUAUUGUCAAAUGGGAACUAAGGUCCAUGGAUAGGAGAGUAGCACAGUCUGUACCAAAUAUAUUUUUCAAGUUAAAAAAAAUUCAGUUAAAAAACAUAAGUGAUAAGGUCAAUCUUGCUCUAAGAAGGUGUCAAUCAGAAGGAAAAAAAUGGACAGCAAAAGAUGUACUCAAUCCUAACACUGUAAAUGAUCUUGUAAGAUUAGAUGAAGGUUAUUAUAUCUUUAGAAGUUUAAGAAAUUCUCCAGUAUACCUUGAAAAGAGGAAGAAAGAUUUGUUUGCAAUGAUCAGACAGUUGGGUCUUCCAACAUGGUUUGGCUCUCUUUCAUCUGCAGACACUAAUUGGAAAGAUUUGUUACGAAUUCUUGGCAAAUUAAAUGAUGGCAAAGAAUAUACUGACAAUGAAUUGGAAGGAAUGGAUUGGCAUCAGAAAUCUAAACUUGUUCAGAAAGACCCUGUGACAUGCUCUAGAUAUUUUGAUUAUCGUGUCCAACAGUUUAUUAACUUGGUGUUGAAAAGUGAUCAUGAUCCUAUUGGAAAAUUGACAGAUUUUUUUUAUAGAGUUGAAUUUCAACAGAGAGGUUCACCCCAUAUUCAUAUCUUGAUCUGGAUUGAAAAUGCACCAGUUUAUGAAAGUGAUUCAAAUGAAGAUGUUGUAGCAUUUAUUGAUAAAUAUGUCUCCUGUUCACUUUUAGAAAAUAAUACUAAUUUAGUCAAUUUGCAGGUUCAUAAACAUUCAAAAACAUGCAGAAAAAAAGGUCACCCAAUUUGUCGUUUUGGUUUCCCCCUUCCACCUAUGAAAGCAACAGUAAUCUUAGAGCCUUUAAAAGAAAAUGAUGACAUAGAAAAGUACAAAGCUAUAUAUAAAGAAAUACAAAACGAAAUUAAUACACUUCACAAUUCUGAAUAUAUAGACCAGAUGACAUAUGACAUGUUUUUAGAUGAUGUGUUACAAAUGGAUGAUGAAAAUUAUAUUAAGGCCAUAAGAAGCAACUUGAGUGGUCCAAAAGUUUUUCUCAAACGAAAACCAAUUGAAGUCCGUGUUAAUGGUUACAUGAAAACUGUGUUGAUAGCCUGGCAAGCAAAUCAUGAUUUACAGUAUGUUUUAGAUGCAUUUGCAUGUGCAGUGUAUAUUGUUUCAUAUAUAAGCAAGUCACAAAAAGGUAUGAGUGCAUUACUAGACCAAGCAGCAAAAGAAGCACGACAGGGAAAUUUAGACUUGAAGCAUCAAGUAAGGCACAUUGGGAAUUACUUUUCAAAUUCUGUUGAAACAAGCGCACAAGAAGCAACAUACUUAACACUACAGAUGCCUUUAACAAAAGCUACAAGACAAGUCGUAUUCAUUAACACGUCUCCACAACACAAAAGAACUUUUCUCCUCAAGCAAUCAUCGGUUCUAGAAAAACUAGGCCCAGACUCUACUGAAAUAGAAUCAGACAAUGAUAUUAAAAGGUACUCGCGUAGACCAAAACAACUGGAGAACUGGUGUUUAGCAGAUUAUGUAUCUCCGCUUGAAUUGCAGUAUCCUAAAACUGAGUCCUCAGAUGAUCACGAAACAGAAGAAAAAGAUCAUGAAUCUGAUAAUGAAAAUGAAGCGGCAAAUGCAGAUAUUAUAGAAGAAAUCAAUAACAAAAUCGACAUAACCCUGAAGAAUGGUAUUCGAAUAUAUCAAAGAAAAACACCUAAGGUUAUAAGAUAUGUUAAAUACAAUUACAAGACUGACUCUGAAAACUUCUACAGAGAACGCUUAAUGUUAUUUUAUCCAUGGAGAAACGAACUUUCAGAUUUGCAAUACGAACAUGAAACAUUCGAAAACAUGUACUUGACCGUUGCAAGAAUUUUAGAAAAAAAAGCUAAGCAAUAUGAAGGAAAAGUGAUAGACCUAGAGAAAGCUAUAGAAGAGGCAGAAAACGAUUGUAAUGAGAAUGAUCAAAUAGCACCUGCCACACAGCAAGUAGAAAUGGAAGAUGCUGAAAUAGGCCCAACAGAAUCUGAACAGUAUGUACAUUUCAAUCCAGAUAGACCAACAGAACAUAGACUGUAUGAUAUGUCCCGUGAAGUUGGAAUAGAAGCAAGAACAGUAGAAUUGACAAAUCAUGCAAACAGAAUAAGUGAGAGGGAUUAUUUUGAUUUGAUAAGAUCCUUGAAUAAGAAACAGUGGGAAUUUUUCCAACAUGUUGUCACAUGGGUUAAAACAAAACAUGAACCAUUUUAUACAUUUUUGACAGGUGGAGCAGGAUGUGGAAAAUCUGUAGUUGUAAGAACAAUAUUUCAAGCUUUACACAGACACUUAUGUUCUAUUGAAGGUGAGGACCCUGACGAUAUUAGAAUUCUUCUUUGUGCUCCUACUGGAAAGGCAGCUUACAAUAUAAAUGGUCUGACCAUUCACAAUGCUUUCCAGAUACAACCAAAUAAAGGACUUGACCAGUCAUUGUCAUGCGAUGUUCUCAAUACACUCAGAAUGAAAUACAGAAAUUUGUCUCUGAUUUUGAUUGAUGAAAUUUCAAUGGUUGGAAAUAAAAUGUUCUCUUUACUGGAGAGAAGGCUGAAAAAAAUCAAGGGCAGCAACUGUUCAUUUGGUGGCGUGAGUAUCAUAGCUAUUGGUGACUUUUUCCAACUCCAACCUGUAUUUGACAGCUGGAUUUUCAAUGAUCUAAGCAAAGGAUUAACAUCAUUAGCUCCUUAUUACUGGAAAUUAUUAUUUUCUUUUCAUGACAUAACUGAAAUAAUGAGACAAAAAGAUGAUUUGGAAUUUGCUCAAUUACUAAAUAGGUUGAGACAAAAUCAGCUGACUGAAAAUGAUUUUGCAGUUUUAAAUACAAGAACUGUUUCAAUCAGUGAUCCAACAUACAGAACUAAUGCUACUCAUUUGUUUGUUGAAAAUGCUUUAGUGGAUAAUUUUAAUUUGCAAUACAUAUCUAAAUUAGGCUCACAAAAGGUUAAAGUUACAGCAGUUGACACAGUUUUUGGGGAUUUACCAGCAUCUGUAAAAACAAAAUUACUUAGUUCUUUACCAGAAAAACAGUCUGAUACAGCAAACCUUACAAAGGAAGUAGUAUUAGCAAUUGGGAUGAAAUAUGAUCUUACAGCUAAUAUUGAAGUCACUGAUGGUCUCACAAAUGGUUCAACUUGUGAACUUAAAUUGAUAGAGUGCAAAACGAAAUCUAUAAGACCAAGUAUCAUAUGGGUUAAGUUUGAGGAUGCCAGAAUUGGUGCUAACAAUAGAAGAAAAUAUUCACACUUGUUUGGAAAAGAUGUUGAAAUUACAUGGACUCCAAUGUUUGACAUUAAAAGGUCAUUUACUUAUAAAUAUAAGACCUUUGAAAGAAUUCAAUUUCCUCUUCGUCCAGCAGCUGGAAAAACAAUUCAUAAAUCGCAAGGAGAUACAUUACAAGAAGUUGUUGUUAGUCUGAAAUCAAAACGUAAAGGAAAAAUUCCACAUAUUCACUAUGUUGCACUAAACAGAGUCACAUCUUUAACUGGAUUACAGAUAUUAGAUCUCAAUCAACAAGCAAUAGCUGUAGCAGAGUGUGUUCGACAAGAAUUACACAGACUAAGGACAGAUGCAACUCUACAGUUGUGCUUUAAGCCAUUGUAUAAUUUAUCAAGUAACUAUUUUAAAGUCGUUUUCAACAACUCAAGGUCAUUGCAUGCUCACUUUAAUGAUAUAAAAUCAGACCCUAACAUCUUGGAUGCUGAUGUUAUUGGUAUUGCUGAAUCAAGACUUAUAUCAACAGAUGAAAAUGGGGAUUUUCAUUUACCUGGUUUUGAACCACCAGUUCGGUUAGACGAAAAGCAAACAAACUUUAAUACAAGACCACCUCAUGGAUUGGUAUUAUAUUAUCGAAAUAAUUGUAUUCUUCACAAUACAGUCACUUUCUCAACUCCAUCGUUAGAGUUUGUUAUAGCAGACAUAAUAUCACCUAGCAAAGGUGUUUUUCAGAUUGUCUUUGUUUACAAGGCACCAAACUGCAAAUUGCAACAACUAAAAGAUACUAUCCUUGCAAAUCUUCUUCCUGAUGUGUAUUUAAGACUUCCAAAAAUUAUCAUAAUGGGAGACUUUAAUAUUGAUUUAAACACUGGGAACACUUCUUUUUUAAAGUUCAUGAGAGAUUCAUUUUGCUGUUCACAAAUUGUGUCUAAACCUACUACAUCUUCUGGUACACUGUUGGACUUAAUUUUCCUAAAUUUUGAUAGUAAGAUAAACUUUGAAACAGAUGUUCUUGAUUCCUAUUGGUCAGAUCAUAAAGUUAUAUAUGUAGCCAUUGAAACACAAUGA